AUGGUUGCGGUCCGGACGAUGUUCAACGGGGAGCGACUCUUGUCCGAUCACGUCUUCUCUGCUUUUGCGGAGAUUAGGACACUAGGGAUUGGGACUCCGCCACGGAGCUUAAGCGCGACAGGGGACAUGGCCGCUCAUUCAGUAGGUCAGGUUCGGGUUGGAUGGCCUAGAUUCCCGUCCGAUUGGCUUCCUUGUCGAAGAAUCCGAGAACGCAGACGAGGAGAUUGGGAAAGAGCAGCAAGAAAAGGUUUUAUGCCGGAUCCUUCGCGUUCGUCAGCCGGUAAGGAGAGCUCCACCUCGCCUCUUCUUCUGUCACCAACUUCAAUCGCGGUGAGAAAGAGGGGUGAGGUUAGGUCAUUAGUUUGA